CGUCCUUCCUGCUUCACUAGAGGGACACGUGCAAGUUCUAACAUCUCGAGGGGGAAGGCUUCAAACUUCAGCAUUUAUACUGUCCCGAUAGGUGUACAGUUUUGAUUUUCUUGUGAAAGGCUUUACCGAAUAAGCAGUCAACAUGGUAAAGCCUCAGUUUAAGGGGAAGAACUCGAUAAACCCUUCUUCAUCCAGCUCGAACCCCGAUCGAGCCAAAGGUGCAGGGGGAAACAACAUGAGGGACAGAGCCACCAUUAAGCGUCUGAAUAUGUACAGACAAAAACAAAGAUGUAACAACCGAGGGAAAGUUAUCAAACCUUUACAGUACCAGUCUACAGUAGCACCAGGAACAGUUGCAAGAGUUGAACCCAACAUCAAAUGGUUUACAAACACUCGAGUGAUAAAGCAGUUAGCCCUCCAGAAGUUUCAAGAGGAGAUGGGAGCAGUACAGAAGGAUCCAUACCGUGUGGUGAUGAGGCAAAGCAAACUGCCCAUGUCUCUUUUGCAUGACAGAGCCAAAGCUCAUAACUCUAAGGUGCACAUACUAGACACUGAGGGAUUUGAGACCACAUUUGGACCUAAGGCUCAGAGGAAGCGGCCCAAUCUCCUGGUUGGAGAUUUGAAGGAUCUUGUAGAGAGAGCGGAGGCUUCAGCGUUGAACUACAGUGCCGACAAAGACACAAACUUGGUGACAGAGGACACUGGUGUCCGGGAGGAAGUACGUGAGGAGAUUUUCAAAAAGGGCCAAUCGAAGAGGAUCUGGGGAGAACUCUACAAGGUGAUCGACUCGUCUGAUGUCAUAAUCCAAGUGCUGGAUGCCCGUGAUCCGAUGGGAACCCGCUCCAAAAGCAUUGAGACAUAUCUGAAGAAAGAGAAACCUUGGAAACAUCUCAUCUUUGUAUUAAACAAGUGUGAUCUUAUCCCUACCUGGGUCACGAAACGGUGGGUUGCCGUUCUGUCCCAAGAGUAUCCAACUCUAGCUUUCCAUGCCAGCCUGACCAACUCAUUUGGUAAAGGUUCUCUCAUCCAGCUCCUCAGGCAGUUUGGGAAGCUCCACACAGACAAGAAACAGAUAAGCGUGGGUUUAAUUGGCUACCCAAAUGUGGGAAAGAGUUCAGUUAUCAACACUCUGCGCUCAAAAAAGGUCUGCAACGUGGCACCCCUCGCUGGAGAAACAAAGGUGUGGCAGUACAUCACACUAAUGAGGCGCAUCUUCCUCAUCGACUGCCCCGGUGUCGUUUACCCAUCAGAGGACAGCGAGUCUGAUAUAGUCCUAAAGGGAGUGGUUCAAGUGGAGAAGAUCAAAAACCCAGAAGAGCACAUCGGUGCGGUACUGGAACGAGCCAAACCCGAGUACAUCCAGAAGACUUACCGAAUUCCAACAUGGAGUUCUGCUGAUGACUUCCUUGAGAAGCUGGCAUUCCGUACUGGGAAGCUUCUAAAGGGAGGUGAGCCCGAUCUCAGUACGGUCUCCAAAAUGGUUUUAAAUGACUGGCAGAGGGGACGGAUCCCCUUCUUUGUGAAGCCUCCUGGACCAGAGGGAGAUCCAGAAGACUUCCAGCAACAAUGUAGAUUCAUUGAAUCUACAUCCUGAAAAGGCUUAAGCUUUUUCCAAGACGUCACCUUUGCACUUUGUGCAGCGAUGGAAGACAAAUGAGUUUAACAGGAAGUGUGUGAGCUGUGCUUUAAAUGUUUGAAGCAUCCCCUUGGGAAGAUUCCUCCUUCCCGUAUACAUCCAUACAUUUUACAAAGGAAGGAUGAAGACAAGAAUGGAUCAGCCACAACAGCAAGGUGGAGGAGGAAAAAACAAAUCCUCCUUGUGCUCCUGCGGCAGGGGAAUCCCUUCCCUUCUCUGAAUGUUAAAGUUGGAAGUUAAAGCAGGAACGUCCACAGCUGAGCGGUCAGCAGAUUCACAAAGUGGAUUAAACUGAUUAAAUCUGCAUCUUUUUCUCCGUCUCAGCCCUUUAACAGCAGUUUCUGCCUCGCAAAACAAAAAGCGUUUAAAUCUGAAAAACGCCUGCGUCAUAUUUCAGCAUGUUUGCCGUAAACUGAGCUUUUAGAGAAAGGGAUGACCUUCUCCAGCUCAGCGAGGGUCAGCAGGAGCAGCAGCAGCGGGACUGUUCAAAACAUCCUUUGGUCCAUCUGAUGGCUCUUUUUAAAUGCCGGUUCAGCUGAACGCUCCACGGAGUCACGCUGUGCUUGUCAGAGGACGUCAGUGUGUUGAAUGAAAGGCUUUUUCCAGUCGCACAGCAGUUUUUCCAUGACGGGCUGGUUAUUAAAUCAAAAUCCUUCAGCUGUCUGACAAAACGGAUGUUAAUCAAAAGAACUGAAGUCUGAUCAGUAGGAGACCUAGGUGUGAGCUUCAAUUGAACGACAGCUUUUUAAUCUUUUGUGAAAGUAAUUUAGUUUGUGAACACGGUAAACAGUUUACCACUGUGUUAAUCACUGCUUCGAUAUUCUGAUUGGAAAGUCUUUGAUUUUCUGGGAAUGUUCAAUUAAGCAGAGUUCACCUUUAUUUUUGACACAGUUGCUAAUGGAAUUCACUCAGUCAGUCAGUAUCCUCUUAAUCUUUUUUAGAAAAAAAGAUUCACAUGGACUAUCCACAGUCAAAGCUAAAGCGCAGUAGCUACUCCUAGUAGGUAGGCAUUGUUAGUCUUGUCUUACAUAUACAGUAGGUCUGUUGUCGUUUCAGUAUCAAUGAAAAAUCUGAAAAUAAAGCGCUCAAAAAAGCUGGAGCACAGCUGAUGACUAAAGAUUUUACUCUGGGGGAAAGUUUCAGUCUGCAACACUUUUAUGUCAUGGAUAUGAAUAGGAGCACACAACAUCUGUUUGCUGAUAAUAAUUCAGUUAGCAUGCUGUAAGUUACCUUACCUUACCUAACAUAAAACUUGUUGAUGGGUAUUUUAUCACUCUCCUUGAUCCGACUACAGGAGUUAAUUUAAUUAGACUGGUUUCCUCCCACUAACCCCAUUUCUAAGCAUGGAUCAAAAUGAUCUGUAAGCCAUUCCAGAGAUAAAUCCUCUACAAAAGUGUGAACCUGAUUGAAACCAUUUAAUCAAAUUACCUUGAAGGAAAGUGUCAAUAACUUAGGUACAUGUCAGUCCUAUCAACAGAAGACAAGACUGACAGAAAACUGAAAAAAACCCGCAAAGACAAAAACAAAGUUUAACCUUUAAGACGUAAAGCUGCAGGAUUUGUUAUUUUGACAUUUUUGUUUCUUUUGUUUUGUUUUGAUUAAACAAAUCAGACAUGCUGGUGGGCAUAUUUUAACCGUUUUUUUUAUUUUGUUAUUUGCCGUUUUCAGUUUUUAUGCUAAAUGAACCUACUGCUCUGCUCCCUCCAGCUUCAUGUUUACAAUACAAACAGAAGAGUGCUGCACGUCUGCUCAUUCAGUCUCAACAGAAAAAAACACAGCGACAGAAAAGCGUUACAAAUCCCUCACAACAACAGGCAAACUCUUCCUCCUCCGUUUCUAUAUCUGGGAAACAUCUCAAACUGAUGGUGGCUGUCCAGGCUGACUUCAUUAAGAUGGUAAACAGGACAAAUGAAAGUCAGUUUUUAUGUUUCACAUUAAAGGGAUGUAAGAAAAAAUAAAUCGGAGAAGGAAGAAGCUGGCAGUGGAAGUUCUCCCCCCCGAGCCAAACAUCCCAUCAUGAGAUUCCUUAAAGCAGGAAAAUCCAUCGGCUGAGGUGGUUGUUGACCUGAGCUGGCACUGUGUGUGCGUGCGGCCAUUAGGGAGAGGGACGUUAACGAGCCCCAUAAAGAUGGAGGGAGGGAGUUUAUUGUACACAGUUUGUCUCUGUUAGGUGUGCGUCUGUGGCUCGUUUGCUUGAGGCCAACCAAAGACGGCAGCCACGCAGAAUCUAGCUGAGUGUGUUCAUAGCUGGGAUGACGGAGCAUGAAGAGCACAAAGAUUCAUAAACUCAGAGGGAACAGAGACCACAACUUGUACCCUCCUGCUCUCUGAGGAUUCUACACAGAUUCUGGACCAUUUUCUAAUCUAAUUAGUUACUGGUUCAACUUUCACAUGGUGCGGACAUUUCAACAGGAAGUAAACAAAGCUGUGUACAACACUGGGCAGCUUGUAUCUGCCAUUAGCCUUGGUUGUCCAUCCAUCCACGGUCUUAUGCUUGUUAGCGGUCAGAUCGGGGUUGUUAUAAACCCAGACGGCUUCCUCCAGUCCUCCAGCUGCUUCUCAAGUGUUUUAAUGUGUUUCGAGAUCAGAGGGUCAGGAGUAUACAUGCACCCUUCAGCACAUAUGAACUUAAUUUCUGGUAUUUACUGCUGCAUCUGAACCAUACUUUUUUUUUCCUGUCUGGGAUGAACUUCUAGUUCAGUACACCCCACCAAAUAAUUGAGUCUUCUAUUGAAUUUCCUGGUACAAUUAUGGAUGCAUAGUAAACUACUUGUCUUGGCAAAAACUGAAAAGUUCAAUUAAAUUGUUUACUGGCACAGUCCUAACUUUCGAAAAAAUAAAAAAAUAAAAGCAAUUAAGUGAGAAGCUAAAUGUUUACCUCACUUUCCCAUUUCAAACACAGCUGGCUCCAAGUUUGAGGAGAUGUAGCUUUUCAUGUGAGGUCAGGGUGCAGACUUUGGAGGUGAUCUCAUUUGUCCCCCAAUUCACUGGUGUCACUGACAGCUAAUAAUCCCACAGCAUGAUCCUACUACCACCAUGAAGGAGUGGUGGUUCACCACACACGUUCUGUAGCUACUUAUCACCUUCCUGAACUCCUGCAAGCACAAUUCUUGUGACAAAAUAGCUCAACAUGUUUUUCUUCCAACUACUUUCUCUAAAGCACGUCUCUAAAGGACUUUCUGAAAGUAAACCAGUAUGUCCAGAUUUUUGCAUUUGCAAUGAUUACUGCAGACUAAUCCCUGAUUCCUGUCCAUCUUCUUAUCUACCCUUUUGCUUCUUGACAAAACACAUUACCUACACUGCAUAUAACAGAAAAAAAAUCUUUAAAAAUAUCCAAAACAGUUUUAUCCAAGCACAUUAGCUUAGUUGUUAGAAAAUGUAUUUAAAAUCAUCUUUCUUGGUGUGAUUGGACUGAACCAACCAAUCAGAUUUUCUUUUUUAAUACUGAUAAUGAAGUUGGAGUUCUUAUACUACAGGGCACUGAAACUGUAGGGGGAGACAUACAUGCACAUAAGCUUCUUAGGUUUGUUCAAAUCAAGUAAAAUCUAAAAAUAUGAGGUGAUUUGAGUCCAAAGCUUUAGAUUUAGUCUGUACAAAGAAACUGAAUUUUAUUCACUUUCAGCUGGUUCAAAACUUACAAAACUAUGUUUCUUGGUGCACCAUUUUUUUUGCCCUCCCAAAAAAUCAAAAUCACUCUAAAAGAGGAAAGAUUUGAAAUGGAGAAGUAAAUCCCAAAAUCUAGAACUGAAAUGAAAAUAAUCCUGGCCCUCGGUUUCCUGACAUGUUGUCCGGCUUCAGAGCUCUCUGUGUCUCCACAUGAGUAUAAUCUGUCAGUCGGACAGUUUCUUCUCUGUUAGUCGGCGUCAUCAAUCUCCAAUCUGUCAGUCUUAUUGAUGAGCCUACAGAGGUGCUGCCAGCUGGCAGCUGCAAGGGAGAGAGACGGACAGACAGAGUCAGAGACGGAUGGAUGGAUUGAUGGAGGUAGUGAUAAAUAAAGCUGCUCAGCUCCACCCACCAGGUAGAAGACAUUAAAAGUCCCAUCUAAUGCAAGUUUUAUGACUUUGAUCAGGGUAAUGUUCUCCCUGAUGUGCCUGUCUCAGGUUUUAUUUAUUUACUCUCCUGACACAGAGGACAUUUUCCGCUGAACUGUGAAAAGAAACGGGUCACGUGAUCAAGGAGAACUACAGAGCCACUUCACAAGCAGAAAUAAAGUAUGUCAGCUCUUAGAAAUUUCAAAAUGCAUUGGAAUAAUUUGCUUCAAUGACACCGCUAUUCAAGAAAAACUUGAAAGAUUUUAAACCCUUCGUUUAGCUUGAAGGGUAUAAUUGAUGGAAAUAGCCUGGUGGAAGAUGUGCAUGAGAGCAGAGCAUAUUUUUAAACUAUAAUAAAAUGUCUAAAUAAUACACUUAGGUUUGUGGUUCUAAUGUGAUGAAAUGUUGAAAACAUUAACAAGUGUGAAUACUUUUGGAAAGUUCUCUAACAUCUUAACAUUUGAGAAUGGCUGUGAAUCAAUAUGAGUAAAUUAAUAUUUGAAAGUGAUUGAUUUGUUUUGCCAAAAUUAAUCUAAACAUUGAAGUCUGCCCCAGGGAUAUUUCAGACUUUAGGCCCAAAGAAACAUCCUUGAUGCCUGUAGUAUUUUGUGCGAGCAUUCAAAAUAAAGACAGAGGGCAUGAGAGGUUAAAUCUGAUUGGGCAUGCACCAGAAACUACAACAUCUGCUUUAAACAUUUGGUCCUGAUGCACUGUGGAUUCACAAAGUUGCUCUCGCAGCUGGAGGAAUGUGGGAAAUAAAAGGAGACAACAUAUCCGACUACGCUGCAUUGAUUCCGGAGAAUCUGGAUCCUGAAGUGACACAGAGUGAAUGGAACUGCAGAAGCGUCAGCACAGCCUGUUUAAACGCUCUGAAAGUCACACCUUCCCCUCCUUCGUGUGUCUCUGUCAGUCUCCUCCUUGCUGUGGGUUUCUUGGAUGGAGUCGGUUAACAGACGAGCGUAAUUUCAAACACAGUCACUGAGCUGUGAAUGACACCUUCAUCUCCGUCACUUUAACAUUCAAACAUCUCUCUGCACGCAGCGAAUUAAAUCCAAAACGAAGAAGAGACAUAAAAUGCGGCUGUUUUUCCUUCUCGUCGUGACAUUUGUCCUAGCAGGUGGGCCCAGGUCAAAGGCCGCAGUAUGAAAAUACACCAAUAUUGACAUAGGGUGGAGCUGCGCUGUGCAUAGGUUUGUGGUAACACAGCCUGCAAGCUGAAACCUCGUCUUCAUUGCUGCAGGUCAGGCUUGGUUAACGAACAGCCACCAGUCAGAUUCUAACGAAGCGGCGAGAGAGAAGGUUACGUCUCGUCUUACAGGAGGUGCAUGAGGAGAUGCUUCCUCCUCAGCUCCUCUUACAUCAGACUUUGAACACCACAGACACUGAGAGACACAGAGAGGAGGCAGGGAGGGAGGGAGAGUUCCUGCCGGCAGCCAGAAAUGAUAGGAAUAGAUUAACAUUGGCCUCAUCAAUAGAGGCUACAGCUCCUCUUAAAUGUUCAGCAAAUUGCCAACAGUGUAUUUUAGAAGAGAUUCAGAGUCACAUUACAGAAAAGCAGUGAGUCACAUCAAGGUUAAAGAACGACUUAUUUCAUGUUAAAAAAAAAAA